AUGGUCGAAAUUUCCACACCUAUUUCGCGUUCUACCGAUGCGUCCAAGUUGGACUACUAUGAAAUUCCAAUCAUUGACUGGCAACUCUCCGACAAGGACAAACCUUUGUUUCUGCGCCAACUCCGUGAUGCAAUGAUUAACAUUGGCUUCCUCUAUCUCGCAAAUCAUCCUGUCCCGCAUGAGAUCAUAGCGCAGGUGAAAGAAAUAGCGCCAAAAUUCUUCGAGCUACCUCAAGAGUCGAAGGAUAUGUUGGACAUGAAGAAUUCUAUGCAUUUUCAUGGAUAUUUAAAGGUCAGCGGUGCGACAUUGUCGAACGACGCGAGCGUUAGGGAACAGUUCAACUUCGGAGGAGCAAGGACAUGCUCAUGGAAAGAAGGGGAACCCGAAUAUCUCAAAUUACACGGAGAGGCUUUAUGGCCUUCGGAACAAGAUCUUCCUGAGUUUCGGAAUACAAUGUUGACUUACUACAAUCACGUUGAAGAUCUCAGUUACAAAUUCACCGGUCUGGUAUCAGAGGCGCUUGGGCUAGGUCCUGAUGCGCUAGACGUGCUCUUUGAUCAAGACCACGGCAACCUCCAACCUCGGUGCAAAGUUCUCAGAUAUCCGGGAACGCCAGAUGGUCAACCUGGUAGCGGAAUCGCUGCCCAUGUAGACGGUAGUUUCUUGACUUAUCUUCUACAGGCUACAGACCACCGUACGCUGGAGGUCAAGAACUUGUCUGGUGAAUGGAUUCCAGUGCCACCCAAAGAAAAUACGUUCGUCAUCAAUCUUGGCAAGACUUUAGAAAAAGCCACUAGGAGGGUGUUACCCGCUACCCCACAUCGUGUCUUGUCUCCAAUUGGAGCCCCACGGUUCAGCGUGGCAUUUUUCUCGAGCAUUGGACACGAAGUUAGGCUGGCUGAACACUACUUUCCUUUCCCUGAAGAGGUAUUGGAAAUGAAAUACGCUCGAGACAAGAAACUUGGCGUUGACAGUAACUUCAGGUUCUCUGAGAAAGACAUGGACUUGGCAGGCGAGGUUGUUCUCGCUCGCAAACUGCGAAGCCAUGCAGAUGUGACCGAACGGUUCUAUCCCAACCUCUUCUCGAGGUACUACCCCAAUGGGAGACCAGCCAAGCCCAAUACUGGACGGAACUUGAUGUCCAAGGCCUAG